CGAGCUACCAUCAACAACACUUUACUGCCCUACAGGCGCUCAAGGACUGAGGUAAAGGGAAAACAAAUACCCGCGAAUUCCCCUGAAGAUUUGACAAAGGAUUACAAGUAUGGACAAAGCGGAGCAGUUUGUCAACAUCGACCUAAACGACGACAACAUCUGCGGUGUCUGCAAGCUGGAGACCGACACGGGGACCAUGUCCUUCUGCCAUGUCUGCUUUGAGCUCAGCAUCGAAGGUGUGUCCCAUGCCACCCUCCUGCACUCCAAAUCCCUACGGGGUCACCGGGAGUGUUUUGAGAAGUACCACCUCAUCGCCAACCAGAAGCUGUCCCGCUCCAAGGUCUCCCGCAGUCCCUACGAGGGAAUGAAGCUGGCCCUUAGCCAGAAGAUCAGCCGUAUUGUUCAGUACGCCCAGAACAAAGACUCUGUCAGCUUAGAGGGAGGUCCGGGCCGCCGGGGGGGCAAGCACCAGCUCCUUUGCUACAGCCAGAAUGGAGAACGUAAACUUCUUCCCCAGUCAGACGCCCAGGUGCCUCGUUACACCCCAUGCUGGAACCAGGGGACGGGGACAGGAGGGCUGCCGGACUACGCCACAGGCAUGCUGGAGUGCCACUCGGCCGAGGGGCUGGGGCUACUGGAGGACGGGCAGGGCCUGGGGGGCAUGUGGGGGUCCACAGGGAGGAGGGGUCUUCAUCGCCACAGCCAGUGUUCUGGAGGAGACCACCAGCUGCUGCACUCAAACAAUGGCCACAGCAGAGACGAGUUGAUUAAAAUGAGUGUGGAUGAACUCCACCAGCUGAAUGGCCAGCUCCUGCUACAGAUUCAAAAGGUGUUUGAGGAGCUGACGGUGGCUGUACAGGAGAAAGACUCGCUGGCAUCGGAGCUGCACGUUCGUCAUAUCGCUAUCGAGCAGCUCUUCAAGAACUGUGCCAAGCUUCCCUGGCUGCAGAUCAGCCGAGCCGGGUCCGGGGUCAAGGCCAGCAGCAAUGCCCCCGUGGAGUGAGGGGAGUCUGGGGGUACCUACCUGGCUUGGCUGCCUCUCUCAGGGGGCUGGCUGUCUCACUCCCAGGGCUACAGACACAGUCUGGCCUCUAGCCAGUGCCCUUUGUAUUGUGAAAGACUUGCUGCGUGGUGUGGUUUGUCGCAGAUGAGUGAGGAAUGGACUUGGCCUCCUCUCAUCAUGCUUAAGGCUUUCUGACUGCAGUACUUGAAUAAAGGGCUUGAGGAAAGGCAAUACAAUUGAAGGACCUUGGGAUCCAUUGACUUCCAAAUGGGAACUGUGGGUUGUUGAUCCCCUCUGUUGGUGGACCUGUUGCCUAUGCAGAUAAAGUAUUUUUUAAAGAAUAUCUAUUCAAAUGUAUUUGAUUCAGUGACGUGAGCAAGAUCUUGUUUGCAUAUCUAGCUAAAGUUGUUUUCUUUUCACCAACAUUUCAUUUUUUGGUUUUCAUCUUUUAUGUUUAGCCUUCAUUUGUUAUUUUAAUCACACCAUUUCCUCGCUCCUCGGCAAAUAUCUGGUUGACUUAUUCUGCAGCUGUGGUAACUGUUUCUAAAUGACGAGUGAGAUUUUAUUUUGUAAUCUGUGCAGUGAAACCUACUCCUGAGGCUUGAAGAUUAUGUUACAUCACCCACAAUCUAGUUCUAAGUGGAGGUGGGAUUUUAGCCAGUUUUGGAUUAGGGUUGAAUUGAUGUUUUUUUUGGUUUUGUAUUUUCAUUUUUUGUUAGUGGCAUGCUGCAAAUGCUAUUCUCUGAUAGUCUUAACUUAAGUUCUCUUGAUUUCAACUGGUAAGGUAUUUUAUGGCUGUCGAGCACAAGUCAUGCCUGUAGUUGAACAAGGGAGUGACAUGAAAUACAUGCUGAUAGCAGAGAAGGCCUGACUGAGCGUUACAUGGUCCAAUCGCCAAACCAAAGUAUUUUAUUUGCUUCAAGGCAGCAAAUGUCAGUAUUUAUUAUUUUACUUGUGGCCUACAAGUAUAGGCCUCGCUAGACCAACUAGAAUUGAUAGUGAAAUGCAAUAGAAUACACUGAUACCAAAUUCA